ACGGCCUAACCCUGUCGGCCCAAUCCAAUCACACAGGCCGACGCCGUGCUCCGAAGCAUCCCUAAGCGGUUAUCGAAUCAGAUUCUGCUCAUUUUCAUGGCGUCCGACUCGAUAGAGCUCACUCCUUUCUGGUUGUAGGUACGAGCAAGCUACUACUCGUGAGGAGGAGAAUGGGACAAGCUCUACGGCGAGUAAUGGGUCGGGGGGUUGCCGUCCGGGAUCGCCUCAUCGGUUCUACUCCGGAGGAUAUCUUAGAGAAAAAGGUCGAAAGUAAUAUUCUCGAAGAACGUGAUCCAGAAUUCGAUGCCAUGCUUCAAAAGAUGGUUGGAACAAUCAGAUCAAAACCUGGAGGAAAGCUGGAAAUGGGUGAGGCUUUCAUAGUUCAAAAGUACAAAAGACCGUUGCCGAAAGUCCGGAGCUCAGUAGAACAAGUUGGAAGCCAUGAUCAGAAACCUUUGCUUCCGGGAACCCUAACUGUCGCCCAGUUGCAGGAAAUACUGCUUCUGCAUCAGGGAAAAUCUGGCGAGCAGAAAGGUCCAAUAGAUUUUCAAGAAAUUGCAAAAAAAUUUGGAGUUGAUUCCGCACAGGUGGAGCAAAUAUUUCAGUUCAUAUCUUUGCAUCCAGAAAAUGAGAAAAAUGAUUCCAAAAAAUCAAACUGAUUCUGAUGAUAUAAUUUCAAUGGUUUCAUUUUUGGAGGAUUUACAUACACACCACUUAAUUCCUAUGUAUUUGCAUAUCAAACACCUAAGCUUCAAUUUUUACAUAC